UUAGUCUGGCGGGCACAACUCAGGGUUUCAUCUUCUUUCGGUUUCUCUGAAUCUCUGAAUUCAAAAUUGUUGUCCAAUCUGUCCAAUUUCUGAAUUAGAAAACACUAGAUUCUCAGAUAUGGCUGGACAAUCUGAACCUCAUAUCUCUCUCUUCUCAGCCGAAGAGGUGGAGUUUAUGGCUGAAGAUGAACUGAUAGAGAUUGUGCCAAAUAUGCGAAUGGCUCCUCUGAAUUUCAUUUGCGGUGAUUUUGGUCCAUUUUUACCGCAAAUACCAACUCAGGUGCCGUUGUGGCUCGCAGUGGCUUUAAAGAAGAGAGGAAGAUGCGCGAUUCGGCCUCCUCAGUGGAUGUCAGUUGAAAAUUUGACACGGGUUUUGGAAGGAGAACGGGAAUCUCAAGGCUCAUUUCAGGUGCUUCCAUUUCAUUAUGUGGAGAUAUCUAGACUUCUCUUUGAUCAUGCACGUGAUGACAUUCCUGACAUGUAUAUGGUGAGAUCCCUUAUUGAGGACAUAAGGGAUGUACGUAUUCAUAAAGUUGAGACUAGCUUGGAAAAGUUCAGUGGGACAUCUGCAGUGAAAAUUCCAAAUUUAUCUGCAAUGGAAGUGAAUAUAAUUCGUCCAUUUGUGGGGAGGGCCUUGCAGGCAUUCUAUAAGCAUGAUAAUCCAGAGAAAAUACCAGAUGUAGACAGAGCAUCCAGCCAACAGACCCGAGUAGCUAAUAAUGAGCCACGACGGCCACUGAGGAGAUAACAAAUCAUUUUCAGCCUGCCUCUGAAGGUACUUCUGUUCUCCUAGAGACACUUUUUUCGGAGAAUCCUACUUGGUUUGAACCUUUGUUAGUAAAGCUGUUAACCUAUUGUAAGUCACUGAAGUUGUUAUAUUCUCACAAAGUUGUUGAACACCUCAUCAGUGUCCUA